AUCCGCGGGUGUCUCAGUCCACAGAUCACUGUUUCUAUUCUAUAUGUCAGAUCACCAAAUCUGAAUGCUUCAAUUGCUUCUCAAUGGAAAGGAGUUCCUCAACUCAAUUGAAGUCCACAAAAUGUCCCUAACUCAUGCAGAUUCACCAAAUGUCUUAAUCUCCGGGGAGCUAUAUAAUGUUACGUUGAACGCCACUGAGGGGUUAGAGGUCCCUCUCUAAACGACCCUUCCAAUGUCGACAGCUAGCUGGCAAACUUCUGAACACAAGUUCGUUCCUUCCCGCAAAGGCGACCGACGUGCUCCAUGUCCAGCUCUGAAUGCGAUGGCUAACCAUGGAUACCUCCCACACAAUGGAAAAAACAUUGGACUUUGGCAACUUAUCCUCGCUCUUCGUCAAGUGUACAACCUCUCCUUCCCCCUCGCUGCGUUUCUGGCGUUGGCGGGAAUGUUCCUCUGCGGCCACGCACUUCACCUUGAUCUCGACGCUCUCGCAGCACAUAACAAAAUCGAACACGAUGCCUCGCUAGUUCACGGAGACACAGAGAUGGGGCAGCACAUGGCCCCCACCUGCGUCGACUCCAGGUUGUUGCAAUCUUUUCUCGCUCAGGCUGACACAAAGACUGGGAUGAGCCUCAAAGGGUUUGCGAAGCUUCGAAUUCAACGCGAAAGGGGAUUAAAGAGACCACUCGAUAUGGUACAUGCUGCGAUAGGCAAAGGGGAAGUUGGCUUGUCCUGGUUACUGCUGAAGGAAGACAAUGGGCGAAUACCUUAUACCAGACUAUACCAAUGGUAUGGAGAAGAACGACUACCAGACGGAUGGCAUAAACCUUCUCAUGAAGUAGGGUUGCUACAAGCCCGCCAAAAAGCCAAUGAGGUCGCUGCGUUCAUGCGCCAGCUCAAAGGAUGGCAAGACCCAGUUUAG